GCCUUCCGCUCGCGAGCGAGCCCGCCCGCCGUCCGGCCGUCCGUCCGUCCACCCGCCGCCGGGCCCGGCCCAACGUUCAGCAGCGCCCGGGAGAGUCAGCGCCAUGGCGGAGCAGACCUACUCCUGGGCCUAUUCCCUGGUGGAUUCCAGUCAAGUGUCUACGUUUCUGAUUUCCAUUCUACUUAUAGUCUAUGGGAGUUUCAGGUCUCUUAAUAUGGACUUUGAAAAUCAAGAUAAGGAGAAAGACAGCAACAGUUCUUCUGGGUCUUUUAAUGGCAACAGCACCAAUAAUAGUAUCCAAACUAUUGACUCUACCCAGGCCCUGUUCCUUCCAAUUGGAGCAUCUGUCUCUCUUCUAGUAAUGUUCUUCUUCUUUGACUCAGUUCAAGUAGUUUUUACCAUAUGUACAGCAGUUCUUGCAACGAUAGCUUUUGCUUUUCUUCUUCUCCCGAUGUGCCAGUAUUUAACAAGACCCUGUUCACCUCAGAACAAGAUUUCCUUUGGCUGCUGUGGGCGUUUCACUGCUGCUGAGUUACUGUCGUUCUCUCUGUCUGUCAUGCUUGUCCUCAUCUGGGUUCUCACUGGCCACUGGCUCCUUAUGGAUGCUCUGGCCAUGGGCCUCUGUGUCGCCAUGAUCGCCUUUGUCCGCCUGCCGAGCCUCAAGGUCUCCUGCCUGCUUCUCUCAGGGCUUCUGAUCUAUGACGUCUUUUGGGUGUUUUUCUCAGCCUACAUCUUCAAUAGCAACGUCAUGGUCAAGGUGGCCACGCAGCCAGCUGAUAACCCCCUUGACGUGUUAUCGCGCAAGCUCCAUCUGGGACCCAAUGUUGGGCGUGACGUUCCUCGCCUGUCUCUGCCUGGAAAACUGGUCUUCCCAAGCUCCACAGGCAGUCACUUCUCUAUGCUGGGUAUUGGGGACAUCGUGAUGCCCGGUCUGCUGCUAUGCUUUGUCCUUCGUUACGACAACUACAAAAAACAAGCCAGUGGUGACUCCUGUGGGGCCUCUGGACCUGCCAACAUCUCUGGGCGCAUGCAGAAGGUCUCCUACUUUCACUGCACCCUCAUUGGGUACUUUGUAGGUCUCCUAACUGCUACUGUGGCGUCUCGCAUUCACCGAGCAGCCCAGCCUGCCCUUCUCUACUUGGUGCCAUUUACCUUAUUGCCACUCCUCACGAUGGCCUAUUUAAAGGGUGACCUACGGCGGAUGUGGUCUGAACCAUUCCACUCCAAGUCCAGCAGCUCCCGGUUCCUGGAAGUAUGAUGGAGCACACAGAAAGUGAUGAGAGUGGCCAUCUUAGUCCUUUUCUCUCAGCGUGGUGGUGUUUCGUCUUAGAGCUGGCCUGGCACUCAGAGGUGUACCCAUUGAAGGAACUGAGCGUGACUAGAUUUUGCAUUUUCAGGGGGCUUGUUUGAAGGAGAGGCGCUGGAGCCCCGUGCGGCGCCUUCUCUCCCCACGGUUGCAGAGAUGGAACCCCUUCCUGAUGUGACAGGCCCCUCCCCAGCGCUCCUUCCUCCCACUUUUAUGGAUCUGCACCAGACUGUUAACUUGUGGGAGAGAAGGAGAUUUGACUAUUUAAAAACUGGAAACGGCAAGGAGUCGUUCUAAAACUUUUGAACACUAAAAGGAUGAAAAAAAUUAGCAAACCGAAGUCUCUUCAGUGAACCCUCAAGAACUUGGGGACCAGUUUCCUCUGGGGGACUCAGUUUCAGAGAACUGAGAUGAGACAGACGCUCUUCUGUCAAUAUAUUCUUCUUUCCUUUUUUUGGAUUUAUUAAAUAUUUUCUGUGGUGUGAAGUGACUUAUUAAAUCCACAGACAUUUGAGUGACUUCUUACAGCAUACACAUAAGAAUUUGUUGUAAUGAGUUCAUGUCCACCCCAGAUGUCAUGUUGGCAGUGAACAAGGGCACGGUUUUUAUACACACACACACACACACAUAGAUAUAUAUGAAUAAACAAAAAUUAAAACCCGCUAAAUCAUGCUGUAUAGCAGAUGGGGGCUUGCUGUAAUUUUUAGCAUGUAGAGCAGUCCGCUAUGGCUUCCUUGUAUAUGGAUAAGCUAUCAUCUUUCCUGUUCACAACCAAACCUGCAAUUACAAACCAGUGUAGUAUUUGUACUGAUAUACUCAUGGACUUUAGGGGACUCUUACUUGGUUUUUGAUCAGUGUAGCAAAUUAGGGAUGGAAAACUCUAAACUUCUUGGCCCUUCUUUUCUUUUUACAGGCUUCCCCCUCGCAGAUUUUCCGUAGUUUCUUCUUGAACCGAUGCAUGUAUUAUAGCAGCAGGUGUCUUUGUGCUUUCUGAUCACAGUAAUGUACUACUUGUAAAUACAUUUUUCUAUUUUCUAUUUUUUUGUAUUUUUUUUUCUUUUUUUUCUUUUUGGCAUUUUGUUUCAUCGGUGUGCUGUAUUUUCCAUGCCCUCAGUCCUUGAAGAAGAAAAAAAAAAGGAAAAAAGCAACAUAACCCUGUCCUGGCUGUUCUGAUUGUGGUCCUGGUUUACCUGCGGUGACAACUGGGUAUGGGGGACAAAUGUCAAAUGAGAUGGGCCCUGAAUUCCAGGACUUGGAGGGAAGAUCAGGCUGCCCUGUCCCCCUAGAGUCUGACCACGCGCUGAGCUCUUUGCUGGAGCAACUAGUGUGAGUGACGUCUAGCUGGCCUCCAUCUAAGCAGCCCCAAGCCCGGUAAGAAAUCACCCGUUGUUCAGAGGCUGUGAGGAGCUUGGAACCUGCCGGAGAAUCCCUGAUGGCAGAGGCGGGAGAGGGUCCACAUGUCCUGGCUUCUCCCUGAAAUAAGUGACCGGACUCUGUCUUGCCCUGUGUCAUCAGCUGGCGUGCUGUCAUUUCUGAUGCUUGAAGUCCCUGUGGGUAUGGCUCCCGGAUGUGGUUCAUACUUUGUUGUCACUGGAGUAUGGCGCAGUUAGGACGCUGCAUUUCUCUGUUGUCUCCAAAUCCUGCUGAGGGUUUUUUUUUUUUUUUUUUAAAUGACUCCUUUCUAGCCUUUGUCACAUGAUCUUCACUUCUGGGUGCUGGUACUAACCAGAGCUCCCAAGUCACCUCCUAGCUGGUCUGCCUGUUUUCGGAAGACUGACAGAGAGACCCUGACAGAAGGAACGAAAUUUUUUUGCCAUACUUCCUUCUGUGCAGGUUUAGAGGGGAAGAUACCUCCACAGGACUCCUGAAAGUAACCUGGAUUCCAGUUGCUAGUUUAAAGCCUUUCGAACACCCCUUAAAACAUCAGCAGAAAAACUGUUAGUACUUCACUCCUGAAUUCCCCACUGUAGACACACUAAACUUACCCCCAGUUCUGGAAGUCACAGGGCUCCUCUGACGGAGGUGGGAGGGGCCUUACAGCCCUCCUCCCCUACUGUGCCCUCAUCUUAUUUCUGGUUCUCAGAUGCUAUGGUUUUGGGGUUCUUCUUUUCAGGAAAUCUUCCCAUUAGCCAUGGCAUGUUUGAAAAGUUUCAGCACGGCCCCCACCCCGUCCCCCCGCCCCGCCGCCUCACUCAUCUGAGGCUUUUUGUCCCCCAAAGAGGCCUUCGAUGUUGACUAUCACUUCUUCCGGGUAACUUUGUUCUGUCUGAUUUGAACUAAUGAAGAUACCACAGCAAAGUUUCUCCAGAGCCUAGCUUGUUCCGUUACUUGACCACAGCUUCUCCUUAUUUCUGAGUAAGUCUGCUGCACAACUCCCUGUAUCAGGACAGUUGGUACUGUGGAGACAUGGGCAGUCAGGCUUCUCUCUGUGUUUUUUUUUGUGUGUGUGUGUGUGGCAUCCCAGCACAGGCCUUGGUUAAACAGGUAAGUUAAGUUACGAAAAAAGCAGAAAUACUACUUAGUUCUCCGUAAGGGCAGAGGGAAAGUGAGUUCUCUCUGUUUUGCCGAUAAAGUGUUAAAAAUAGAACCUGCCCUGCCGUGUCUGCAUAGCAGCUCUCACGUUACUGCUUAACCAAAUGCAGUGUCGUGUGGAGACACUUGUGUUUUGUAAAGCCUAACAUUUACGUCAAAGCCUCGGAAUGUAGCCGCUUUGUGUGUACGUGGAGUGCGCUCAUUGAGAAUGUCAACUGUGCGAUCCUCCUUCCCCGCAGAAGCACAGCAGGCUAAGCACAGGCCAGGAAGGAACGCAGCCCGUUCUGCUUCUGGUCUUCCAUCCGCGCUGACCUGGGUUACCACCCCACCAGUCGCCUUAAUCCCGUGUUUUUGGCACUUUGCGACAGUGCGGUCACUUCAGGAAUAAUGCCUCCUGACACAGGCACCAGCCCUGCCGCAAGAGUUUUUACUGAGAUACUGUAAAUCACGUACUAGGACUCAAGCCUGUUCCCUCUUCCGGGAAAGAGAAGCCAGGGCCGAGUUUUUUUUUUUUAAUAAUCCAGAAAUUGUUCCUACUCCUAUCCAAGUUAUAGACUUGCCUUCUGUUGGCAAGACUAACUUCAUCAGAAGGUCGCUAGGUGGCGCAAACAGUUUGCGCUCAACUGCUAAAGGUUGGUGAUUCCAACUCACCCAGCAGGUACCUUGGAAGAAAGGCUUGGCUAUCCACUUCUGUUAAGAUUACAGCGAAGAAAACCUUAUGGAGUUCAACUCCAUAACACCUGGGGAGUCUAUAGGAGUCGGAUUCAACUCAACGGCAACUGACAACUUUCUUCCCUUUCAGAUUCCAGCUUCUCAUGUCUGCGGGGCCUCCCCCAGAACAAUACUUUUGUUGACUACUUAAGACAUAAUUUGUUUUUUCCUCAACCUUUCACUUGGAAUUCAGAGCACUUCCCCUUCGUUGGAGGUAAAUCAGUCACAUUUCAGAGCCCAGGCUGGACCAGGGACUGGACACAAGUGAACAAAACCAAACAUCCUGCUCCCAACUUGGGGUCAUGUACCAGUUGCUUUAGACCGUCUGACAUUGGGUGGCAGACAUCCCACACGUGAGGUCACGCAGUGACAAAGCACUGCGCUCAAGCAUGUGCUUUCUCUCCAUUUCGCCAGGCCCUGCUGUGAAUCACAAAGGCCCGGCCUGAGAAUCCUUUCAGAGGAACGAAGGUGCCCCACAAAGAGAAGGUUGGAAAACAGGGUUCUAAGUGCUCUUUUCUCCUGUGCCAUAUUGGUGCAGGAGAUGCCUGGUGCCCCAGAUGGAACACAGGCCAAUGUUGAGCCAAAGUGACACCUGAAAGAAGCUAGUCUCCUCCUGCAGCAAGCACACGGAUCUGUAGUCACAGCAUAGUGUGGAAUCUUACUCCCAGAGCCAGCAGUCACCAGCCACUUAAUCUAAACGUCCUGCAGGUAAGUUGUGGGAAUUCUAACUUUGUGCGGUGCUUGUUAGCGAGGAUCGCGUCCUUGUACUAAAAAAAAAAAAAGGGUACCGUAUUUUGUUGCAAAUAACGUGCCCAUCCACAUAACACGAAACAUAGCCAACUUAACAAAAAUAGCACAGGCGGGGUUGUGCAGUUGGCAAAAAAAAUACAAGGCACGUGUUAUUUGUGUAAAACAGUAUUUUGAGUUAUUAAAAAUUCAUGUGGUAGACUUAGGCUUAGUUUAUGGUUCCUCUGUUUUGGAUCAUGCCUGGUCAGUUUCCUCCUUCAGUUUCAAAAAGUCUGUCUUCUGAUCAGUAGAACUGGUCAUACUUGCUACUGGCUCUCAGGUAGAGAGGCCCCAAACGUCCUGAAAUAGAGGAGCUCGUGAGCUAUCUCCAGCCACACUGGAUAUUCUCACAGAUCAAAAGGAGAUGGAGAAAUGGCAACCAGUUAGGGAGAAGAAAGGAGGCCUUAUACGGGAAUUCUGCCAGGCAGUGGGCUGCAGGCUUUUGCCUUGUGAGGAAUGAAAGGCAGGAAGUGGGUGUCCAAAGGACAAAGAUGGAUAGAGGACAGCAAGUAUGGCCACUUGCCAGCAUUCCAGCCUAGGGAAUCAGUGCCAAUCCCUCUGCCUCCCUUAAGACUCUCUCCAGGCAGAUUCCCACCAGCCUUCUGAGACAUUCCCUCUGGCCCACCUAGAUUUUCAGAGCUAUAGCACGUGAGGUCCCUGGGUGGCACAGUUUGCGCUAGGCUACUAACCUAAAGGUUGUUGGGUGAAACUCACCCAGCAGCACUGUGGAAGAAAGCCCUGGCAAUCUGCUUCGGUAAAAGAUGACAGCCAAGAAAACCCUAUGGAGCAGUUCUACUCCGACACACGGGGUCGCCAUGAGUCAGAAUUGAUUCCACGGCGGUGAGUUUGUUUUUAUUUUUGCAAGCACGUUGUCUUCGUUAUCUAGCGCUGCUAUAACAAAUACCACAAGUGGAUGGCUUUAACAAAGAGAAAUUCUCUCCGAGUCUAGGAGGCUGGAAGUCCAAAUUCAAGGUGCCGGCUCCAGGGGAGGCUUUCUCUCUCAGCUCUGGGGAAAGGUCCUUGUCAUCAAUCUUCCCUGACCAGUUAGCAUCACAGCACAGGGACUCAGAUCCAAAGGAUGUGCUAGUCUCCUGGCUCUUGUUUCUUGGUGGUGUGAGGUCCCCUUUGUCUUUCUGCUCACUUCUUUAUCUCAAGAGAUUGACUUAAGACACAGACUAAUCUUGUAGAUUGCGUCCUGCCUCAUUAAUAUAACUGCCUGUAAUCCUGCCUCAUGAACAUGAUAGAGCUAGGAUUUACAACAUAUAGGAAAAUGACCUCAGAUGACAAAAUGGUGGACAAUCACGUAAUACUGGGAGUUAUGUCCUAGCCAAGCUGACAUAUUUUGGGGGGAUACAAUUCAGUCCAUGACACACAUGCAGCUUCACUUCUAGCCUUUGCAUUUGAACCUUUUCCUUGGGAGACAGUGAAUUUUCUCACGUCUUGUCUGCAUUGUACCUUAACUGCUCUGUUUCUUCUUCUCAGGUGUGUAGUAACAUCCUGCAGCAGCUACACCUGACUGGGCAGGCCAUAGAUAGGAGUUCAAGGAGGAAGUAAAGGACUUAAUAGUACAGGGAGUAGCAGCCCUGGCCCCUAAGAUGAGAAAGCCUUCUAUGGACGAGUCACGGUCUUGCCAGCUUGACAGUGGUAGACCACAUUGCCGCCCCCACCAGCACACAGAAGAGUGGGACAGGGCCACUCCACAGGGGCCAGGAGACCAGGCCCCACCCAGAAGCUCCACUGAACAGAGGAUGGAGGGGCAUCCCUGUCCUCACCUCACGCCCCGUAUCACCACCAACCACUGUCCACUUUUCCACCAGCACACGCCAGGCUGCCUUCCCUGGGACCAGCGCCAUUGGUACUGCCUAGUGGGUCUCCCCAUCACCAUCCAGCUCUACCUGGUCUUUGUAACAUUUUGCCAGGAGGCCCUCCCUUGCCAGUACAGACAUUCUGCCAUGGCAGAGCCUGUGAGAGAUGAGGAUGGCGGCCCGUACUAGGGUGGGAGUGGUGGAGGUGAUGAGAAGAACCAACCGAGAGAACCUGCUGGCCAGAUCAGAUGCAGAGGGUGAGGAUUCAGAGAUUUCUGACCUGAACAACUGUUUUGGUCAUCUAGUGCCAUUAUAACAAAUGCCACAGUGGAUGGCUUUAACAAAGAGAAAUUUAUUCUUUCACAGUCCAAUAAGCUAGAAGUCUGAAUUCAGGGUGCUGGCUUCAGGGGAAGGCUUUCCCAGCCGGCUCUGGAGGAAGGUCCUUGUCAUCAACCUUACCUUGGUCUGGGAGCAUCUCAGCGCAGGAACCUCAGGUCCAAAGAAUGCGCUUUGCUCCCGGUGCUGCUUUCUUGGUGGUAUAAUGUCCCCCUGUCCUCUGCUCCCUUCUCUCCUUUAUAUCUCAAAAGAGAUCGGCUUAAGACAUUAUCUAGUAGAUCUCAUCACUAUAGCUGCAGCUAAUCCAUCUUACUACAUCAUAGUGAUAGGAUUUACAACACAUAGGAAGAUCACAUCAGAUGAUAAAAUGGUAGACAGUCAUACAAGGGAAUCAUGACGUAGCCAAACUGGCAGACACUUUUGGGGGGGACACAAUUCAAUCCAUGACAACUAAUUGCCAAAACUUGGAAAAGACAAGAGAAGAUGAGUUUUGUUCUAGCCAGUGAAGCAGAAAGCUAAAGAAUUGGGAGUCUUCAGUCUAGACAUGGUACUUAAAGCUUUGGGGAUACACAAGAUGACCUCAGCAGCUAGAGGAGGAGAAUUGCUCCCAUAGCCUAACGUGUGUUAAGGCAUCUGUCAGCAUUUAUCCCUCACAGGGCUACCAUAUGACCUUAGGUUAGUGACCCUCUGAGACUUUGUUUCUUAAUUUGCAAAAUGGGGAUAAAGGUAUCUCAAAGUACUGAGCGAAUAUUGGUACUAUUGUGGUUUGGGGAGCCCUGGUGGCACUGUGGUUAAGAGCUAGGCUGCUAACCAAAAAAUCAGCAGUUGGAAUCCACCAGCAGCUCCUUGGGAAACCUGUGGGUCCGUUCUACUCUGUCCUGUAGGGUUGCUAGGAGUCAGCAUAGACUCAACUGCAAUGGGUUUUUUUGUUGUUUUUAGUUCUUGUGGUUUACUGAGCUCUCAUGUACUCCACACAGUUACUAGUCUUCAGAGAGUGAGGAUACAAUUUAAAUAUUCAGAUUUAAACAGACUCACACCAUGUCGUUAUUCAAAUGACCACAGUUUCUUAUAUUUCCAGUUCUUUGAGAAAACUGGUUAUCUUUCAAUUGCUUGAGGGUGGGGGAGUGGGGCCACACUUGAAUCCUAGUCCAGACUUUCAAAACUGGGUGGAUUCUGAAUAGAUAAUAGGAUAUUUGCCAUAAGCCUAGGCCAGUAUAGGGUUUUGACUAUUUCUUCACUCUGAAGGACUUGAUCAAAGCUCUGUACAUAGAGCUAGGCAUCUCAGCUCGCUCUUGGGGGUGACAAGUGAGCCCAAGUAGAUCCUUCCUAUAUGACCAUGUUCUGGGAUGUCUGAGCAGUCCCAGGAUAGCCCUGGGGGUUAGCACAGUCCCUUUGCGACCACAGCUCCUCUGGAGAGUCCUCCAGCCUGUGUGCCUCACGCUCCAUCUUGGGUUAAAGAGCAACCUGCCAGAUCCCUGAGGGCCUUCCUGGAGCCAUUCCUUAAGAGGUCAGCUUAAGCCUUAACUGUUUUGUAACCUAGACUAAGUCCAGUGCUCACAACAGAAGCAUGAAAUGUCUCCAGCGCAGAGCACAGAGGGACCUAGAAGAGGCCCAGAACUUGUUCCUGCAGUAACUCAACUGGGAACAGGUUCUGCUUAAUAGAUCCUUAACAUUUUGGCUCUUAAGAUCAAGAUUAUCAACCUCUAGCCAGAUUCUGUAAACAAACCAGCAUUGACGUAUUUUAUUUUGCAAUACUUGAUUUUUUUUCUGUAAUAAAUACUAAUGGACCCUGUUGUACUUUAGUAUACUUUAGAGUCCUGCUGCUUGUUUUGAGGAAAACUUAACUGUUUCCUCAUUUAGUGUGCCUAUACUGUGAAGCUACAUUUCUGUCAGUUAAUUGUGGGACCGCAUUGCUUGUUCUCAAAUUUUUAGAUUCUUCCCAAACAUCCGUGGAACAUCAGAUUCAAUGGGCCAAACUCCCAGCCUAUUUAUAAAUAAGGAACAGUGCCAUUCUAAGCCACUUGGCUCAAGUCAGUCCACCAAGCAGGAGAGGGACAGCAGCCAGAACAGGUGGAGAGUAAGAGUCGAUGUCAACAAAGCAAUUGGCAAAUUCUCUAUCGUCUUGGGAUAACGUGGAGAAACCAAGGCUAAAGGAUCGUUUGAUGAAGUAGAUUAAUAGCUGGUUGAAUAACCCUAUCCAAAAUGAGCUGAGGCAUAACUCAAUAUUAACUUGGAAGCACAGCCCAGAGCUUUGCCCUAAGCCCUGUUCAACAUUUUUCUUGAUAAUUUGACUGACAUGACUGCCAAGCUUAGCAAAUUUCAGGAGGACACAAAGCAAGGAGAAAGCAUGAACAUGUUGAAUGACAUAAUCGUGACCCAAAGAGAGCUCAGAAAAAGUUCAUGGAGACAGCUUUAUCAAUGAUAAUCAGGUAUUAUAUGUCACAACAGUCUUUCGAGGCAGAUGCUGUUACUAUUGCUAUUUUACAGAGGAGCUCCCCAAGUCCCGGAGAUCACCAGCUGGUGUUGGAAUAAGCUCUAAACACUGGCCUGUGCCCUUGACCAUUAUACUAUCUUCCCAUUACAGAGUUAGAAAUAGACCCCCACCCUCAGAAAAUACAGAUAAGUUAUUAAACACUCAGUGAUGGAUCAAUGGCCAACUUCUAGCUCAAAAAAUUCUUAAAUCCAUCCUCUACCCUCAUUUCCCCAAAUCCAAAAUGAUAGUCAUCUCGGAUUUUUAAUAAAACCCUGUGAUAUGGUAUAGGCAGGGAAGAUUUUAUUACCCAUUUUAUAGACCAGAAAACUGAGUUUUAAGGCAGUCACCUAAUUUGCCUCAAGUUUUCCUGCCUCCAAACAGAGCCUGAGCUCAUUGUCCACAUUAUCAGAUAUUUAUUACGGCGAGAAGGUAUGGUAGACAUGACUUUUAUAUAUCUUAAAGAGCUGUGGGAGAGUUUCUGUAAGCAGGGAAGGACUGUAGUGGUGGUGGGGGAUCAGGGCAGAGCUGGAGUUUUGGCUGCCUGGGGUCUGCAGUGACCAACCUGCUGUCCAGAGGAACAGCCAGAGACCUCCCCAUAAUGCUACAGCAAUGUUGCCCAUUACUCACUGAGCAGGUGCUGCCUCACACAAAUCAGGAGUCCCUAGAAAGGAGGGACGAGGGUGCAUUCCUGCCAGAAAAGGCCAGAACCAUCUUGGGAGCAGAGCCACAAAGAAGUAGAGUCCAUUUGAAGCGUUUGAAGCAACUAGAUUUCAAUGUUAACCUUAUGAAUUCCCCAUUGCAAGCAUUAAAACAAGUCAACAAACCAUAAGAACAACUGUCAACUGCUGUUCCUAUCUCCAGUUCCUAUCUCCAGUAACUGCUUGUUCAAACCACUCCUCCAGCUAAAAAUAACUUUAAGAGACAAAUGAAAUACAGAAGAUAACCCCUGAAAGCCUUAGAGUUCUACUUCUGGUAAUGUCAGAACAGCUCUUAACCAUCCAACACUCCUUCAAAUGACAACUACAAAUUCUCAACAAAAUAUAGAAAACAACUACCUAAACGUAGUGGAAAACAAGCAAAAAUCAGUGGAAAACAGGCAAAAUCAAGAGAAGAGGUAAAUUCACGGUUGGAAGGGAAUGGACUGAGUUGCCUGUUUUUAUGGCUUUUUGCCUGAAGGAAGGCCCCAUUAAUAGUGCAUGGGCUAGUUAAGACUUGGAUAGAAACCUGUAAUCUUACUGGCUUCAAGAACCAAAGGAAGGGGUUCAGGAUGACCCAACUAGCUCAGAAGUGAGAAGUAAAUACGAAAAAGGAGAGAGAAGGACCCUCAAACUCUGUGUAUAAACUCUGCCAAAAUCUCUGAACCCUGAAUUACCACCCAUAGCACAGACUCCAAGCAACCAACCUAAGACUUAAAAAAAUUCAGCUGCUGCCUACCCCAGGGGAUCCAGAGUUUGAAAUCUGAGUUUAGCCAAAAUAAAUGCCUGCUUAAAAAAAACACUCUCCAGUAGAAUUUCUAUAGUGUAUUAUUCACAGUGCCCAGGAUGUAAUUCAAAAUUAUUAAACAUAUGAAGAAAUAGGAAAAUGUGAUCCAUACCCAUGAGAAAGACGAUUAUAAUGGAAACUGACCUUGAGAUGACUCAAAUAUUAGAAUUAACAUUCAAGAUUUUUAAAUCAGCUAUUAUAAUUAUUUCAAGGGAUGUAAAGGAAAAUAUUCUAAUAAAUGUGAACAAGUAGGAAGUAUCAACAGAAAAAUAGAAACCAAAAAAGAUGAAAAUUCUAGAACUUCAAAUACAAUGUCUGAAGUAAAAAAUUAAUAGACGGGAUUAACAGCAUAUUGGAAAAGACAGAUUAAACUAGCAUUAAACUUAAAUAGAGCAGUGGUUUCCAAAUCUUUUUUUGUAAGGAGUCAGUAAAUAUUUUUGAAUUUUCAGGUCAAAGGUUUCCAUCACAAUUACUCAUCUGUGCCACUGUACGGUAAAAACAGCCAUAGUAAAUGAAAUAAACAGAUUUGGCCAGGGGCCAUAGUUUCCCAACCCCUGAAAUAGAGAAAAAGUCAUUAUCCAAUGUGAAGAACAGAAAAGUCUAAAAUAUACAUAAUUGGAGUUUCAGAAUGAGGAGAGAAUUUUAUGUGUGUAUACAUCUAUUGUAUUCAUAAAUAUAUGUAUUUCAAAAAAUAUUUCAAAUAUGAAUGUAUACCCUAUUUUUAUGCAAAUAAUGCAUGCCUCCUGCAUUUGUUUGCCAGCCACAUCCCUCCCACCGCAAGACAUCCUCGCAAGUGUGCUAUGGUAAUUUUUUUUCACAGCAACAUAUAAAAACUAGCACAGCAGCACCUAUGAAAAUACCUCACGGCUGGCAAACAAAUGCAGAAGGCGCACAUUAUUUGUGUAAAAAUACUAUAUAUAUACAUAUAUUUCAAAUAUGUGUGUUUCAAAUGUAUAUGUGUAUAUUUCAAGUCCAUAUGUAUAUAUUUGAAAACAUAAUGGCCAGGAUCCUUCCAAAUGUGGGGAAAGUUUCAAGAAUCACAGAAAACGCCAAGCAAGAUAAAUACAAAGAAAAUUACACCUAGGGACUUUACAGUCAAACUGUGAGAAAUUAAAAAGAAAAUUUUGAAAGCAGUAAAGAAAAAAAAAGACAUUGCAUAGGGGAACAAUAUGAAGAUAUGAAUGACUAAAAACUUCUCAUCAGAAAUCAUGGAGGCUAGAAGACAAUAAACUGAUGUCUUAAAGGGCUAAAAGAAAACUUGCACCUAACAGCAGAGCCCCCAAAUAUAUGAUGCUAACACUGACAGAAUUGAAGGGAGAUACAGAGAGUUCUACAACAAUAGUUCAAGACUUUAAUAUACCACUUUCAAUAACAGAAUAUUUAGAAAUAAGAUCAAUAUAUAGAACACACACAUACAUGUACAUAUAUAUACAUACAUAUGUAUAUGUAAGGUCCCCAGGUGGUGCAAAUGGUUGGCAAGUGACUACUAUCCUAAAGGUUGCCAGUUCAAACUCACCCAGAGCUGCUACAGAAGAAAGACCUGGCAAUCUGCUUUUGUAAAGAUUACAGCCAAGAGAACUCUAUGGAGCAGUUCUACUCUGUAACACAUGGGAUUGCCAUGAGCUGGCAUUGACUCAGUGGCAGUAGGUUUUUGUUUUUCUUGGGGUUUUUUUGGUGUUCUGUAGCACAUUGUUAAGGUAGAUUAACCUUCUGAACUCCCCAGACUCAGUGUCUUAAGGUCUGAUACUAUUGUUUACUGCUUUUGCUACAUCUCUUAAAUCAAUGGAGAUUCUCCAGAAAUUCGUCUCUUAAGACUUCUAGGAAUUUGAGCAGUGCUUAGGGGAAAUAAAUAGCAUUAAGUGCUCAUAUUUGAAAUGAAAAGUCUCAAGUAAAUGACCUAAAAAAUAAUUUAAGAAAGGAAUUAAAAAGACCUAAAUAAAUGGAGACACAUCUUGUGUUCAUGGAUGAGAAGACUUUAUAUUGUUAAGAUCUCAAUUAUUACCCAAGGUGAUGCACAGAUUCAACACAAUGCCUACCUGUUCUGCAGAAAUGAAAAAGCCAAUCCUGAAUUCAUAUGGAAUUGCAAAGGGCCCCAGAUAGCCAAAGCAAUCUUGGAAAAGAAAAACGUAGGAGGACUCACACUUCUUAAUUUCAAAACAACUUCUAUUAAGCUACAGUAAUCAAAACAAUAUGAUACUGGUAUAAGGACAGACAUGGAGACCAGUGGUUAGAAUUCACAGCCCAGAAAUAAACUCAAGCAUCUAUGGCCAACUGAUUUCUGACAAGGGUGCCGAGACCAUUUAACAGAGAAAGAAUUGUCUUUUUAACAAAUGAUGCUGGGACAGCUGGAUCUCCACAUGUGGAAGAAGGAAGUUGGACCCAUACUUCAAACCAUAUAUAAAAAUUAACUGAAAAUGGAUCAAUGACCUAAAUAUAAAAACCAAAACCAUGAAACUUUUAGAAAAAUCCUGCAAGAAACCAUUUUUUGACAAUGAAUUCUUAGGUACGACUCCAAAAGCACAAGCAACAAAAGAAAAAAAAAGAAAUUGGACUUUAUCAAAAUUUUAAAAGACACUGUAUAUCAAAGGACACUAACAAAGUGAAAAAUCCACACAUAGAAAAGGAGAAAAUAUUGUAAAUAACAUAUCUAAUUUUUUUUAAUAAGGACCUAGUAUCAAGAAUAUAUAUUAAAAAAAUAAAAAGACAACCCAAUUUAAAAAUGAGCAAAAGAUGUGAAUAGACAUUUCUGCAAAGAAGAUAUACGCAUGGCCAAUAAGCAUGUGAAAAGAUGGUCAAAGUCAUUUGUCCCCAGGGAAAUGCAAAUCAAAACCACAGAUGAGAUAUUACCUCACACCCACUAGGAUAGCUGUUAUCAGAUAAGCAGGAAAAAAAAAACAAGUGUUGUUGAGGAUGUGGAGAAACUGGAACCCUCCUGUAUUGCUGGUGGGAAUGUAAAUUGGUGCAACCGCUGGGGUUAAACAAAGAACUACCAUCUGACCCAACAACUCAAAAGAAUUGAAAGCAGGGACUCAGACACUUGUACACCAGUGCUCAUUGCAGCAGUACUCAGUAGCCAAAAGAGGAAGCAACCCAAAUGUCCCUCAGCAGAUAAGCAGAUAAACACAAUGUGGUGCAUAAACACAAUGGAAUGUUACCCAGCAUAAAGAGACAUGAAGUCCUGCUACAUGCCACGACAUGGAUGAACCUUGAAAAUAUUAUGCUGAGUGAAAUAAGUCAGGCACAAAAGGACAAAUAUGAUUCCACUUAUAUGAAAUGUCUAGAAUAGUCAAGUGCCUAGAGACUAAACUUUAUCAGUGGUUACCAGGGGCUAUAGGGAGGGAGGACUGGGGAGUUACUGCUUAAGCAGUAAUGAUUUUCUGUUUGGGGUGAUGAAAAAUGAUUAAAAUGACAAAUUUUGUGUUACACAUACUUUACCACAAUAAAAUUAUAAAGAAAUCACAGGAAAGUAGAAAAAAAAAAUUUUUUUUGUCUUGAAAUAAUAAAACCAUAAAAAAAAAAAAAAAGAUGCUGCCAAA